AUGGCUCAAGCGGUGCCACUUCUAAAUCUUGCAAAUGACAUCCUGCAGAACAGUAAGCAUAACGGGAAUGAAUUUGUGAUAGAGUUUUGGAAGGUUCUUCCUGCAGCACUUAAAGAUGUUAUGAAGAAAGGUGAUGACCAUGGAAAGUAUGUGGUAUCUAGAUUGUUUGAUAUAUGGGAGGAAAGGAAAGUAUUUGGAUCUCGAGCUAGGAACCUUAAAGAUCUGAUGCUUGGAGAAGAUGCACCUCCACCAUUGGUAUUUGGCAAAAAGCGAUCACGUUCUGUAAAAAUUGUGAAAAGAGAUUCUCAUUCCAUCCAAUUGAGACUGUCCAUAGGAGGUGCUGCAGAAAAAAUAGUGUCUGCAUUUCAUUUGGUAAUUGGUGAACAAUCCGUUGAAAAUGCAGAGAUGAUUAAAUGCAAGUCUGCUGUUCAGUGUGUGAAGAAGAUGAAAAAGGAUGUUGAUACUGUGUGCACCGAUGCCAAAGAUCCUAAGAGAAAUACUUUGGCAAUGAAACUAGAGGAGGAGGAAAAUCUUUUGAAACAAUGCAUAGCGAAACUUAAAUUGGUUGAAGCAACUAGAGUAUCUCUUGUGUCUCAGUUAAGAGAAGUGUUACGUGAGCAGGAAUCUGAACUAGAGAAUGUUCGUACACAAAUGCAGGUUGCACAAGCACAAGUAGAAGAGGCUUGCAACAUGCGGAAGCUUCUUGAUAAUGAGGAUUCUUCUCAGAAGGCAUCCACUGCAACAACUUCAGCUACUGAGUUAAAUACGAUGUCAGAAGCAGCAAUUAAAAAGUCAGCUGCAGUAAUUGCUGCUGAGGUUGCAGAUAAGCUUGCAGCUUCUUCGUCAUCGCAAUUGAUCAUGACUUCGGUUCUCUCAACAUUUGCAGCAGAAGAGGCUAAGAGUGCCAGUCUAACAUCCGAGCCCACAUCAAAACAAGAGAUUUCAAUGCCUACGUCCGAACACCACCAUGUAUUUAUGUCCCCACAACAGUUGAUUACCACGCCAAACCAUUCAUAUCCCUCAGUUUUAGUAGCACAACCUUCAUCACAAAGCCAAUAUCACAUGCUUGCAAAUCCUUCAUCCCAGCAAUAUGUGCAGUCAACAGGAGGGAUAAUCUCUCCAUAUGGUUAUGGUUGCAUCCCACCAUUACCUCCCCCACCCUCAGCUCAUGUGGGGGCAAUGGUGCCUUUGUCUCAUCAAACCCUGCAAAUAAAUCCGCAUCCACAAAUACCGGUAACACAGCAAGCCCCAGCACCUCCUCGUUUCCCGCCACUUCCACCUCCAGGAAUGGGGUACUACACUAAUAAUCAGCAUUCGAUUUAA